GAUUCUGACGGACAUUCCGACGGAAAAUGAGAUCCUCGGAACAUUCCGAGAGAUUUCCGAGGAAAUUCCGAGGAAACUCAAAUUUUGAGUUUCCUCGGAAUUUCCUCGGAAUAUACCGACGGAAUUCCGAGGAAACAACAUUUCGUCGGUAUUUUCUUAUGAAAUACCGAGGAAACAAUAUUCCUCGGAAAAAAACCGACGAAAAUCUGAGGAUAUAUUAUAGCCGUUAGAGAGCCGUUGGGGAAUUUUCAAAUUACCGAGGAAAUUCCGAGGAAGGAGCCGUUGCCGUCGGAAUUCCGUCGGAAUUUCCUGGGUAAUGUCGGCAGCUUCUCAUCUAUAAAUACGAGCACCCCUCAUCCUCUCCAUUCACUCCAUUUCUUCAUCCUCUCACAUACUAUAUUUACUCACGAAUUUGAUUGAAAAAAAGAUGUCUUCUUCAAAUUAUUAUCGUUCUUGGAUCGAUCGACCUCAUUUGGAUCCGAACACGAGAUUGCUUACAGAAGAAUACCAACAAGGUAUAAACGAAUUCAUGGGGAUAGCUCAACGACAACCGGAAGCAGAAACAGGUAAGUUAAGAUGUCCUUGCUCUAAUUGUAAAAAUAGAAAGGUUAUUAAAGAGUGGGAUGUUUGGACUCAUCUAUAUUUGAAUGGGUUUACGCGGAGUUACAAAAUUUGGUAUCAUCAUGGGGAAACUGAUUAUGAAUAUGGUAGUACUAGCGAACCUCAGCCUGCGGUUAGGUUAGAAGAACCAAUUAGAACGGAUGUAGAUUAUGGUGUAGGUACUGAGCAGAUGGUAAAUGAUCAUUUUAGAGGGGAAGAUUUACCCAAUGCACAAGCUAGGAGAUUUUAUGAUAUGUUGGAUGCUGGAAAGCAACCCUUGUAUGAAGGAUGCAGAGAUGGUCAUUCAGCUUUAUCAUCUGCAACAAGACUGAUGGGCAUUAAAACAGAUUAUAAUUUGGCUGAAGACUGUGUGGAUGCGAUUGCUGAUUUUGUAAAAGGUAUUCUACCUGAGGAUAAUGUAGCCCCUGGUUCAUACUACGAGGUUCAGAAACUGGUAGCUGGUCUUGGUUUAUCGUAUCAGGUAAUAGAUGUAUGCAGCGAUAACUGCAUGAUUUAUUGGAGGGCUGAUGAACAGCGGGUUACAUGCAAAUUUUGUGGGAAGGCUCGUUAUAAAGAUACGAGUGGAAGAGUUCCAGUGCCAUAUAAAAGGAUGUGGUAUUUGCCUCUGACGGAAAGGUUGCAGAGGUUGUACCAGUCGGAACGCACAGCGCAACCAAUGAGAUGGCAUGCGGAGCAUUCAACAGAUGGUGAGAUUAGACAUCCUUCAGAUGCAAAAGCGUGGAAGCAUUUCCAAUCAACAUAUCCCGACUUUGCGUAUGAGAGAAGAAAUGUCUACCUUGGAUUAUGUACUGAUGGUUUCAGUCCAUUUGGCAAGAGUGGAAGACAAUAUUCUCUAUGGCCAGUCAUUCUUACACCAUACAACUUACCGCCAAACUUGUGCUUGCGACGAGAGUUUUUGUUUCUCUCCAUUCUCGUUCCCGGACCAGAGCAUCCUAAGAGAUCACUUGAUGUGUUUCUUCAGCCACUAAUAUAUGAGUUGAACCAACUAUGGGCUCAAGGUGCUGAAACAUACGAUAUUUCGUGUAAAGAAAACUUUCAAAUGCGGGCAGUACUUAUGUGGACAAUUAGUGAUUUUCCAGCAUAUGGUAUGUUAUCUGGAUGGACAACACAUGGAAGGCUAUCGUGUCCAUAUUGUCAAGAUAACACUGAUGCUUUCCAACUAAAACACGGAAGGAAAACAUGUUGGUUUGACUGUCACAGGAGAUUCCUACCACCUGAUCAUCCAUAUCGUAGGAGUAGGAAUUUGUUUACGAAGAACAAGAGGGUGUUUGACAGUCCAACACCGGAAAUUUGUGGGGCAGAUUUGUUGACACAACUAAGAGAUUUUGGUGCAGAUAGGACGCCAGACGUCGGUGGACACGUGCGUUAUCCGGUAGAUGCUGUUGGAGAACUACAUAACUGGCACAAAAAGAGUAUUUUCUGGGAUUUGCCAUACUGGAAGGAUCAUCUGCUGAGGCAUAAUUUAGAUGUCAUGCAUAUUGAGAAGAACUUUUUUGACAAUCUCAUGAACACGAUCCUUAACGUUCAAGGUAAAACAAAGGAUAAUUUGAAGUCAAGACUGGAUUUAGUCGAUAUAUGUGCUCGUUCAGAACUUCAUGUUGAUGAAAAUGGUAGGGCUCCUUUUCCCAUAUACCGACUUGAUGCAGAGGGAAAAGAUGCAUUCUUUGAUUGGAUUUCAAACGAUGUGGAAUUUCCAGACGGUUACGCAUCUAAUUUGCGUAACUGUGUCGAUAGAAACGAAGGAAAGUUUAUGGGCUUGAAGAGUCACGAUUGCCAUGUAAUGAUGCAGCGCCUCCUUCCAUUUGCCUUCAAGGAACUAUUACCACGGAAUGUUCAUGAAGCAAUUGCAGGGAUAAGUGCUUUCUUCCGUGAUUUAUGCACGAGAUCAGUGACUCUUGAAGGUAUUGAAAAUUUGAAGACUAACAUAGCCGUGAUUCAGUGCAACCUUGAGAAGAUAUUUCCUCCAUCAUUUUUUGAUGUUAUGGAGCAUCUUGUUAUUCACCUGGCAAGAGAAUUGGAACUUGGUGGUCCUGUGCAGUAUAGAUGGAUGUAUCUGUAUGAACGGUAUAUGUUCCAUUUGAAGAAGAUGGUGAAAAAUUUAAGUAAGGUGGAAGGUUCUAUAGUUGCACAGAUGAUCAAUGAAGAAACUUCAAACUUUGCCGAGUACUACUUUCCAACAGAAGUGCAGACCAAAAACAGAAGACCUGCUCGGCAUGAUGAUAGAGGCGAACGGGCAACAUAUCAUGUUACGGUUCCAGACAUCUUCACAGAUGUUGGACGACUUAGCGGAAAACCAAAGGACCGUCGACUUACUGAGCAGGAGCGCAGUCAUUUGCAAACAUAUUUGCUCACCAACUGCGAAGAUAUUCUUCAAUAUGAGAGGAUUUUCAUGGCAGAAAAGCGGUUCGAAUAUAGAUACGCCACAGAGGAGGCUCUAGAAGAACUGAAGCAGAGAGAAUUUGCUGGAUGGAUGCUUACUUAUGUGUCUGCUGGUAUGGCCAGAGGUGAAACAUUUGAUGAUUGGAUACGCGAGAUGGUGCGUGGACCAAAGUAUGUUGUGAAGUCAUAUCCGAGAUUUUGUACUCGAGGAUAUGCAUUCACAACGCAAAAGAGGAGACGUUCGAGCACGACUUAUGAUGCUGGCGUUUGUUCUGCAUCAGGAGAUGAUGUAUACUACGGAAACAUACAAGAGAUUAUGGAAAUCAAGUAUCCGGGCAUGGUUGGAUUGCGUUGUACUGUUUUCUUUUGUGAUUGGUACGACAACACUCCAGAUCGAGGUGUGAGAACAGAUGCAUUUGGUGUUACAUCAGUACAUUCGAGGCGAAAGCUGCAAUAUUAUGAUCCUUUCAUUCUUGCUUCUCAGGCCGAUCAGGUAAUUAAAUAUACAUAUGUCAAUUAUUCAGAAUGAUUCAUCAUCAUGUGUAUUAUUCAAAUUAUUUUUAAAUGUUACAGGUUUGUUAUAUCAAGUAUCCCCGGGUUAGGAACAGAGAUGAUCCAUGGGUCACCGUUACAUCACUCAACCCGAGAGGCCGAGUUCAGGGAAGUUCUGAGCUGGAAGACCCACUACAACCAAGCACAUCUGGCAACUUAAGUGCAGCAGAAGAUUUAGCUGCAGUUGGCCUUGUAGUCGAUUUAACCGAUUUCGCAGAGGAAGCCGUCGUUCACGUAGAGGAUGAACCAGAGAUUGGAGAGUUUCACCAAGAUCCAUAUUCAGAAUCAUCUGGUGAUGAUGACUCCGAAACAGAGUAGCAUCGCCUUUUUUUUUUUUUUAAUAUAAGAAUACCGAGGAAAUUCCGAGGGAAUUCCGACGGUUUAGGGUAUUUGGUUAUAGGGUAUCUGUUCCUCGGAAAAGCCUCGGACAUUUCCGAGGAAAUCCCGAGGAAUUGAGGGUUUUGAUUAUAGGGUUUUCUCUUCCUCGGAAAUGCGUCGGAAAAUUCCGAGGGAAUUCUUAGGA